UCAGCCGCGCUCGGGUCGGCGGGCUCUAUGGGGAAAGCGGCCGCUCCGAGCCGAGGCGGGGGCUGCGGCGGCCGCUCCCGCGGGCUGUCGUCGCUGUUCACGGUUGUCCCCUGCCUGUCCUGCCACACGGCGGCGCCGGGCAUGAGCACCUCCACGUCCGGCUCCGGGCCGGAGCCCAAGCCUCAGCCCCAGCCAGUGCCCGGACCCGAGCAGGAGUUGCUGUCAGAAGAGGAGUCAGAGCCAGUUUUCGACCCGCUGCCAAGAUCGCAGCUUAUGAUCCAGAGGAAAAACGAGCCAAGACCAGCGGCUGGGCAGGGAUUGGACCUGGUGCCGGGGUUGCGGACGGGGUCAGAGUUCGGUCCAGGUGUGAGGAUUGGGCCCUUCGCCGAGGCGGCGUCAGAGCAGGUCUCCCCUGGAUUGGGGAGCGCGCCCUCGCUCAAACCUGGGUCAGAGGCGCCGGCAUUAAAGCCUCUUCAGCGACUUGGACAGGCAAAGACUUAUGCUGGGGUUCCAAUGUCAGGAAGUGGCGUGACCCCCAGUGCCCCAGUGGCCUCACUGCCUCUGGACAGCUUCAAGGGCUGGCUCCUCAAGUGGACCAACUACCUGAAGGGCUACCAGCGCCGCUGGUUCGUCCUUGGCAAUGGCCUGCUGUCUUACUACAGAAAUCAGGGUGAAAUGGCUCAUACCUGCCGUGCAACCAUCAACCUGUCCACUGUGCACAUUGACAAGGAGGACUCUUGUGGUAUCUUGCUGGUCAGUGGAGCAAGGAGCUACCACCUCAAGGCAAGCUCAGAGGCGGAACGGCAGCAGUGGAUCAACGCCCUUCUGCUGGCCAAGGCCAAGGCUGUCCGCAUGAUGAACACGCAUUCAGAUGACUCUGGGGACGACGAGGACACUGCCACUCCAGCUGACAAGAGUGAGCUACACCAAACCCUGAAGAACCUCUCCUUGAAGUUGGACGACCUCGGCACGUGCAAUGACCUCAUCGCCAAGCACGGGGCCGCACUGCAGCGCUCCCUGAACGAGCUGGACGGCCUCAAGAUCCCGCCCGACAGUGGGGAGAAGCUGAAGGCGGUGAACGAGCGGGCCACGCUCUUCCGCAUCACGUCGAAUGCUAUGAUCAACGCCUGCAGGGACUUCCUGGAACUAGCAGAGACACACAGCCGGAAAUGGCAGCGGGCGCUGCAGUAUGAGCAGGAGCAGCGCGCCCACCUGGAGGAAACCAUCGAACAGUUAGCCAAGCAGCACAACAGCCUCGAGCGGGCCUUCCGCAGCGCCCCCGGCCGGUCCAACAACCCCACCAAGAGCUGCAGUGAGGGAAGCCUCUCGACUCACAAAGGAGAGGACAGUGAGGAAGAUGAAGAUACCGAGUACUUUGAUGCCAUGGAAGACGCCACAUCCUUCAUCACCGUGAUCACCGAGGCCAAGGAAGACAGAAAAGCCGAAGGUGGAACUGGGGCAGGCUCAGUGGACUGGACCUCAUCAGACAACGCAAGUGAGGAGGUGCUUAAUGCUGCCUCACUUGUGCCCAAGGAUUCAUCCAAGGUCAAGAGAAGAGUCAGCAUCCCCAACAAGCCCAACUACAGCCUUAACCUCUGGAGCAUCAUGAAGAACUGCAUCGGCCGGGAGCUCUCCAGGAUCCCCAUGCCGGUGAACUUCAAUGAGCCCCUGUCCAUGCUCCAGCGGCUGACCGAGGACCUGGAGUACCACCAACUGCUGGAUAAGGCGGCGCACUGCACCAGCUCCGUGGAGCAGAUGUGCCUGGUGGCCGCCUUCUCCGUGUCCUCCUACUCCACCACCGUGCACCGCAUCGCCAAGCCCUUCAACCCCAUGCUGGGGGAGACCUUCGAGCUGGACCGCCUUGAUGACAUGGGCCUGCGUUCCCUCUGUGAGCAGGUGAGCCACCAUCCCCCGUCAGCUGCACACUACGUGUGCUCCAAGCACGGCUGGAGCCUCUGGCAGGAGAUCACCAUCUCUAGCAAGUUCCGGGGAAAAUACAUCUCCAUCAUGCCACUGGGUGCCAUCCACUUAGAAUUCCAGGCCAGCGGGAAUCACUACGUGUGGAGGAAGAGCACCUCCACUGUGCACAACAUCAUUGUGGGCAAGCUCUGGAUCGACCAGUCAGGGGACAUUGAGAUUGUGAACCAUAAAACCAAUGACCGGUGCCAGCUGAAGUUCCUGCCCUACAGCUACUUCUCCAAAGAGGCAGCCCGGAAGGUGACAGGAGUGGUGAGUGAUAGCCAGGGCAAGGCCCAGUAUGUGCUGUCAGGCUCGUGGGAUGAACAGAUGGAGUGCGCCAAGAUCGUGCAAAGCAGCCCCAGUAGCCCCAGCUCUGACGGGAAGCAGAAGACAGUGUACCAGACGCUGCCAGCCAAGAUACUGUGGAAGAAGUACCCGCUGCCGGAGAAUGCGGAGAAUAUGUACUACUUCUCUGAGCUGGCCCUGACCCUCAACGAGCUCGAGGACGGUGUGGCGCCCACCGACAGCCGCCUACGGCCGGACCAGCGGUUGAUGGAGAAAGGCCGCUGGGACGAGGCCAAUGCGGAGAAGCAGCGGCUGGAGGAGAAGCAGCGCUCAUCACGGCGCCGGCGGCUGGAUGGCUGCACGCCCAGCAGCGGCUGUGGCACAGAAGAAGAGAAGGAAGCGGACGUAUACUUGCCACUGUGGUUCGAGAAGAAGCGGGACCCGCUGACGGGGGAGAUGGCCUGCAUAUACAAGGGCGGCUACUGGGAGGCCAAGGAGAGGCAAGACUGGCACAUGUGCCCCAACAUCUUCUGAGCGCCAUCCCUGCAGCCAAUACAGGCGCCUGCACAGCCGGGUCCACCUUUUCUUUAAUGCACUCAACUUAGUACUGAAUGGCCCCUCUCCCACCAACCCCCUAUUUCAGUUCCUUUUUUUUUUUUAACACAUUUUUUGGGCUCCCACCUUGGAAGGAGGAAGGGCUGACCCGGGUUCUCUCUAGCCCCCAGGUGCACCAGGUCACCCAUGCCCCUUCAUUACGCAUUUGGGCCCCAUCAGAACCCCAGCUCUCAGUCACCAAAACUCAGGCCGGCUGGCCCGGGCCAUGGGCUGCCCAAGUCACCAGCCCCUAACCCAGGGAGGAACUGGCCCCUCCUAGGGAGCCUCUUUUGACUUUUUUAGAAAAAUUAUCUCCAUUUCUUUCCAGCCUUGAUGUUUAGUAAAUAUUUUUAGAACAGAACUUAGCAGACAGCUUUCCAAGUGUGCUUUCUUGCCACAAAAGUGUCCUGGCAAGAACCCCUUCUUUUUAAGACAUCAGGAAGCCAGACCCAUUUGAGUUGGGAGCAUUUUGUAGCUCAACAUAGCCAGGCCCUGAUUGUAUCUGAGCUGCCCACCCCCAGGAGCCCAGGACCCCACAGAGACCAGAACAGAAGGUGGGCUGCCCUGGCCCAGCAGAGCACAAGGAGUUUCUGGAUCUACAGCCCACUGACGGGGAGGGGGCACUGAGGGCAGCAGCCCCAGCCUAGCCAUGCUUGGGCCAGGAAGGGCUGGAAGGCAGGGCCUGCGGGUGCUCCCCGCCCCAAGACCCAGGCCCCAAAUCAGCAAUAAUGAACAAUCCCUCAGCUCAGCCUGGGCUGGAGACCCGGGCACCAGCAACCCAGCAUCCUGCCUCGUCCUCAGGCAGCUCCUGGGCUGCCCCAUCUCAGUGCCCCCUGAAUUCUUUAUUUGCCUAAUUUAUAUAUGAUAUAUAAAUAUAUAUAUAUAUAUUUUGCUUAAAUUUCUAUGGUAUGUGAAAAUGAAAAAAAUGAUGAAGACAGGGUAUGCCUGUCUGAGUUUGGCCCUCCUGGUCAGCUGUGCCCUGUCCUCUCCUCAAAACCACUUCCAGCGGCUUCUGCCAACCCAGGGGGACUGGACCACCAUGGCCACUGUCACAGCCCCUCCGAACCUCCCACUCCAAUCUUUCCCACUUUAGUUAAGUCCUGAAAGUUCAUUGCAGGGUUUUUCUUUCUACUCCACGACUGGUUUUGUUUUUAUAAAAAACACAAAAGUGAAAACACCGUGUGAAAUGCCUUACGAUGCCCACUCCAGGGGUGGGGUGCGGCGGGGUGGGGCGGGGCAGGAUGGCCCUACCUGGCCUCCCUGCAGAGCUUUGGGAUGUACCUCCCCCAAUACUGUUUGUGAGCGAGCACCUUUUGACUGGUAAUAAAAAACCUUGGCUUUGGA